AUGCCAUCUGUAGAACCGGGUCUGUCCACGUGCAACCUCCUCCUUGUUGAGCACGUCCUUGUGGAACGUGAAGUGGGUAGGGUGUUCCAGAGUGAACGCCUUCAUGCCCUCGUGGCCGGCCUCAAAAGACCCAUUGCCAACCAUCUGAACUUCGGGCCUGGUGGGAACAGAUCUGCCGUCCUUGGCCAAGAUCGAGUUGGAAGAGUGGAACAGCUUUGGAUCGUGGCCAUAGCCCGUGCUGGUGGUUGGAUCAAAGCGAACAGUGAGCGAAUGUUGCGAGUCCGGCGAAAGAUUCUCCUGAUUUGGAACAACAAGAACGGAGUAGGUCAUCAGACCUUCCUUAAGCUUCUGGAAAUCCUCAUCAUUCAACUCGGCAGGGUUGUUGGUGUAGCUAGGAAGACGAACUUGUGCUCCAAAAGGUUGAUCUUCAAGCGGAAUAAAGUCAAUGGAUGUUUGCUCAGGCAUGUUGUGAUUUGUUUUGUUUUGUUUUCACAAGGAUUCUUGUACAUUAUCUCGCUUUAUAUACUGUUGCUGCCGCCUGUCACCUUUACAGCGACACCCUUGCACCGCCCCGAUAAGAUUGCCCAAGAGGGAAACUCGGCGUGGCCGACUGGAAAAUUCAGCCGCACACCGGCCCCGGCUUUAAUGUCUGGUCCCGCGGCCACGUUACUGGACCUUGCUUGCCAUCAGUUUCACCCACGGCUGGCGCAUGAAGCUAUUCUGUGCGCCGAUAGUUUCUAG